AUGGACCAGGCUUUAUUGACAUUUCAAAACCAGCUGUCACAAGAAGUGCUGGUUUUCUACACAACAGAUUUUUGCUACAAGGUGAAAAAAUAACCUGACACUGUCCUUCUGUUUAUCUGAUCAUCUUGGUUUAUCUGCUUGUGAAGAUAUGAACAGCUCAGCAAAGUGACUUGGCAAGAUGCAUAUACUGCAGCAUGGUUUAUUGAGCAUUCAAUGAAUUGUUAAGAUAAUAAAACACAUCCAUGCUCUCGUACAAACCCCAAUUCCAGUGAAGAUGGGACGUUGUGUAGAACAGAAAUAAAAACAGAAUACAAUUACUUGCAAAUCUUUUCCUUCCCAUAUUCACAGUCCAAGCCUCCAUUGUGGUAUUUUAUACUUUAUAAUGCUUCACACAUGGGACACGGUCUGAGCUGCAAGGCAGGUCAGUCUAGUACCUGGACUCUUUGAUUCUGAAGCCCUGCUGUUGUAACCCAUGCAGAAUGUGUCUCAGUGUUGUCUUGCUGGAAUAAGCAGGGACUGUAGAUGAUCAAAUCUCUAAAUUCCUGCACUAGUAAUCUGAGAGACAUUGUUCAUAAACUGUUGGACUAUUUGUUCACACAGUUGUUGACAAAGUAGUGAACCUGUCCUCAUCCUGGCUUGUAAAGGACUGAGUCUUUCAAGGAUCCUCCUUUUAUACUCAAUAAUGACCCUGACCUGUUUCCAGUGAACAUGUUCACUUGUGAAAUGAUCCAAACUUCAGUUUUUGGAGCAAUCCUCAGUUUUCAGACUUUUGUCGACCCUGAACCGACUUUUUGGGAAUGUGCUGCAGCAUCAAAUUCAAAAUGAGUGAAUAUUUACAACAACAACAAAAAAAAAACACUUAAGUUCAUUGGUUUUAACAUUAAAUGUCUUGCCUUUGUAAUGUAUUCAGUUGAAUAUGUAAUGUUUUACGCAAUGUCUCAAUUUCAUUGGAAUUGGAGAUUGUAAAUAUUGUCAUUUCUUCUCAUGUGUAUAUCAAGAUGUGUGUUUGACUUUAUGACCCAUCUAAUAUGAAAUCAGUUUAGUGCUUACUUUUUGCUGAAGAGAGGUGAUGCAGCAACAGGUAUACAUUUGAGUCUUAUGAAAUGUGCUGUUUCUUAGAGCUAUAAUGAACAGACCUUUGAAUACAACAAAUCCUGUACCUCCAAACAGUGAUACCUCUAUUUUGUUUUUCUUUUGUUCAGUCACUUCAGACAAAGGCUCCUGAAUCUACAUCUGAGCGUUUUAAGCAUGAUGUACAUGUGUUCUAUGGUUCAACUGUUUUUCUUUUCAGUGUGUGUAUCAGCAUUUGGUCACAGUAAAACCCAACAACGGUACUGAUUCUGCAGUCAUCAGCACUAAAUUCACCCUCACAGUGCAAGUGGAAUCACAGACCAGAAAUGACACAUUUUGCAGGUAACUUAAAUUAUAACAUAUAUUGAUAACAUCAAUUUUACCAUCAAACACAGAGGUAAAACACUUAGAUCUUUUCUGUUUACUUCAGCCUCUGGUACUUUAUUGGCCUUUUUUGCAGACAUUAAACAGUGAGGUGUCUUCCAAUGGUUGCAUCAGCAGUCUGUAAGAUUAUUUACAGCACUGUGGGAGUCAUCUUGACCUGCUUUCUGGACCUUAAUGACACCCUCCCUUGCAUCGCCUCGCUGCGUAUUGAUCAGGACCCUUUUGGGGGUUAAUAAGACUUGACAUCCCAUUAUUGAUUCAAAGGGCUUAUAAAAGCUCAGAGCCACCCUAUUUCAGAAAAACAACAGCAAGAUUUCCUAAAAUCCCGACUCUAGGAGACUGUAUGACUGUGAUCAUAACAACUGAAAGGAGUAAGGUAAACCAAUAAUGAAGAGCUUUCCAUUAAAGAUUCACCUCUAGACAUGUCAUCACAAUUCCCAAGAGAUUCACCGGGACAACAUGAGACUGGUGCUUUUUCUUGACCUCCCAGAGGUCUCGUCUUCUGUGGCCCACGUCAACACUGAGGUCUCUAACCAAACUGAACUGCCAUUGAUUUGGUUUUCCCCUUGAAAAAGCACUCCAAGUGAUAGCUAGUACAUCAUCCCAACAGUGAAUCAAUAUAAGCCUGUAGUACGUGGUUUGGGGUCUCAACCUGGACACAUAAGAUGACAGAGGGAUGCACUUUGGUUUAGUAGACACUAGAUGGUACUCCUGAGCCUCAUGGGUAUAGCAAAGUCAUCAGAUAGAGAAAGAAAGACCCUUCUCUACAGCAAAAUCUCAUAGUAGAGGAGUUGACGCCUAACAUAUAUAUGUUACUCUCGUACAACUCCUAGGGCCAGUGUGUCUUAAUACUUUGCUUUAUUGAAUACAGGUGGAGUCAGACAUAUGGAGAAGGGGGUCUUUACACUGUUUGGAUCCACAUGUCAGAGGCCUACGGUGAUCCAAGCUGCACUUACGCUGUCGACAAAACACCAAACAACGUAUACCUGCGUAAGUGCACACCAAACUAACCAUCAUUUUCCUCGGGGUGGGGGUCGGGAGCAGGCUGCUUUGGUGAAAAACUGUGACAGUAAAGUAACCUGUAGUCAUGCUGAGGUUGAGUUUUUCAAUCUGCCUUGAUUUUAUUGAGUUGGCUUCAGAGAAAAACCUCAUGACUCAUCUACAGAGCAGUAUUUCUCAAUCAUCUCUUGGGACAUGAAAAGUAUUGAUUACACGGGGCUUGCUCUCUUGAAAAGGGUUAAAAGAAAGCUUUUCUGUUUGUUUUGAAGGCUUGGCUCCUCAUAUGGAGGAUUGUGGGUAAUACAUUAGGUAGUGGGGAAGGAUUAGGGCAUAAUGGGAUUUUAAAAGCGUCACUCUCCAUAAUGUACCCUCUACUUAACAAUAUUGCAGAUUAUAAUGGAGAUCAGACCUUAAGGCCAAGUAGCCAUUAUCUAAGCAGAUAUACAGUCAGUGCAACUACAGCACACACACACACACACACACACACACACACACACACACACACACACACACACACACACACACACACUAUAAUGAGCUCCUCCAUCCUCCCUACAUAUAUAUAUAUAUAUAUAUAUAUAAUAUAUAUAUAUAUAUAAUUUUGACACCUUGUCUGAUAAUACAUGGUACAUUUGUUGAUUUGGUAAUGUGUACUUUAGUACUUCUUUUUGUUUUCAGCUCUUUUAGUGGCAGCUCUCUUCAUGGUCAUAAUAGCUCUCUUAUACAUUGGGGCGCCCUUUAUCUACAGGUAUUCUUUUUUUCUUUUUCUUAAUUCAACAUCUCCACAGUGAAAAUCCCAAACUGCAUUGAUUAAUUUGACACCAGAACAGACAGCCUAAUACUCGCUUUCCCAUUUACAGCAGGUGUUGUACAUCAAAAUGUGUUAAGACCAUAUGCUGCCAAGGCUCACGGUACUCCAUGGAUCAUGUGAGUAAUAUGUUUUUUUUAUGAAUGCUUUUCAUUCAUAUGUUAAUAAAUUCAGUAGGAAGUAGAGGGUGACCUGGCUUGAUUAGAACAAAUGGGCUAUAAAAAGUCAAAUUCAUUUCACUUUAAGAUAAGUGUUGAAGUCAUGGUCUCAUCUGGGUGGUAAAGAUCUCAGUUAGUUUAGAAUGAAACACAUGAAUAUGUUCACCAUUGAAGUGUGUAUGAGAUUAAGGGAUGAAACCUUUUAUCACUUCAUAUGAUGACCUGAUCUGGUUAUAAAUUCCUGCCUUUUACACCAAAUCUGAGGAACACUGCGUCUGUCUGCAAUGGUUUUAUUUCUCUGCUAUAGUACAUGAUGAUUUUAUAUUGUUCUUUUCUUCUUUUUGUGACUAAUCCUGUUGUGAUCCAAUCAUUACAUUUCAUUUUUUUCACUGACCAUCCAUGUGGGCUGAGAUACAAUCCAAAUUGCUCCGAGACUCCAGUCAUCAAGCCAUUUGGGAGACACUAAUGGAAUGAUUGAUAUAAAUGUUAGCAAAGCCAAUUAUAGAGAGGACUUACAUGGAAGCAACAGAGCUUUGUAUCAGUCCAUUAAUCUUUUUGGAUGGCCUGAGUUGCUGCGUACUUUUAGUCAGCAUGAAUGGCUCCUCUCAGCAUUUCUAGCAUGAAGUCUUUGUCUUCCAUAUGCUGUCUGGAUGGCAUGCAGAUCCAUCAUAACAUAUUAGUCCUGGUGUCUUCCUGAUCUGGCUCUUUAAACUGCUGUAUGGAGGCCAGUGAGUCAGGCUAAUCCAACUGAGGGGGCAGCAGGCCAAAGUCUUUGCUGCCUCUAAAAAGGAAGUGUAAGCGCCAUAUAACUGAACCGCACAUAAAUUGACCCAGGCAGAUAGAUAUCCAACAUUAGUCUGAAGCUUUUGACCCGAGCAGCAAUCCAGUUUGGGGGUUUUGUCAAUAUUUUUUAUUCUCAGAAACAUUACUGAAAAUCCUGAAACAAGUUACAUUUUAUUUGGUUUUUGGAGAAUGUGACUUACAUGACAGUACAACCAUUUAAUCUUUUUCUCCCUUUGUUUUUAACCUGUCCUGUUCUUAAAUCCUGAAUCUGAAUUCAUUUUAAAGAGAAAAAGGUACAGACAUAAAGAAGGUCAAUAGAUGAUUAGUUUGACCAAAUCAGGAGUAUGAACUCUCAUCCCAUUCAAAUACAACCACUACACACUCAGUGUCCCAUCAUUCCUUUCUGCAGAUUGAUUUGAUUUGUGUGACCUGUGACCAAUGUGAUCAGGUUAGCCCUUGUGUCACCCUUGCUAUUCAGAAUCAAUGACCAUUGUCAAAGAGAUUAAGCUUUAAUGCAGCAGGGUGAUUAGUAAAGAGGUGGGGUACUGUUGUCAUCAGAGUAUAUUUAACCCUUUAUGGAGGGAUGGUUCCCUGGGGGUUGUUGUAUUGUUGAUGUCUCUAAAAAGGAGGUGAAACCUGACAACUAAAAUGGAAAUGGACAACACCCAGCAACAAGACCUUAAAGGCAGAGUAGCAAGGUCGCAGCAAAGACUAAGAAAUGAAAUUAUCAAAUUAAGAGUUAUCAUUCAAUUAAGAUUUAUGAUUAUUAAAUUAAGAGUCAUUAUCUCAUAGAGCAGAGCUCUAAAAUCUCCAGACAUUGCAAGUUUUGUGCCCGGGAAACAGCGAGCUUUUGAACAUGCUAAAAUAUUUUACAGCUCAGAAAACAUUUAGUCUCUACACAAGGCCCAGAAAAAAAGAAAAAAGAAAAAAAUAAAUAAAAUAAUAAUAAUUAUAAUAAUUAUAAUAAUAAUAAUAAUAAUAAUUAUUAUUAUUAUUAUUAUUAUUAUUAUUAUUAUUAUUAUUAUUAUUAUUAUUAUUAUUAUUAUUAUUAUUAUUAUUAUUAUAUUUGAAAACUCCUGGCCCCAGGGCCCAGACCCCCAUAAUCUGGCCCUAAUAAAACCCGUGCAUGGCUUGGCUCUUACAGAGUUUUACUCAUUUACAAGUACACACUGCUCUCUUUAUUCCUCAACCAUUGUAAAGCAACUCCCUAAAAAAUGUUUUUGUAAUUAUGCCAUAAGGAUAUGAUGAUGGACAAUAUCAAAGGUUUUUGAUAAGUCAAAGAAUAUGCAGAAUGGGAUCUUUUUCAUUGUCAACGUCUGCACAAAUUUUAAGAGCGAGCUGCAAAAACAGUUGUUUCUGUUGAACUUUUGUCCCCAAAAACAUAAUUGAUGGCUGCAUAGUAUGUUGCUCUGAUCCAAUUGUUUUUUUAAAUGCAUGAGUAGAUGAGUUUUUCAAGGACUAAAAAAGAUAAAACAGAUACAUGGCAGUGGUUAGUAAAUUUUCUGUGAUCAUCUGAUGUGAUUUGCAGGAGUCAUUCACAUUUCUUUUCAUCACUCAACUCACACCAUGUAAGGAAGAAUAAUCUUGUUAGCACUUUCUUUGUAACAUCAACAAACUUUUUAAACAUUGAAUCAAAAGUAUCAUCACAAAGAAAGUGCCCAGUGAGCGAUUCAAAACACGUGAAUUUUCAUACUCAUACCAUUUGGUGAGCCAACUCAAAUGAUAACAUUGUUUUAUCACCUUAUGAGUCCACAGGUUGGAGAACAAGCUUUUGAAGCUGAGCCUGACACUACUGAUCCUAAACCACGACGUCUGUGCUCUCUGGACACUUUCCGAGGGUAUGUAGACCAUCAGCAGCCGCACAAUUCAUAUACUGAAAGUCUUUCACCACAUGCUAGUUCUUUUAAGGUCAGUCUGAGGCAUAAUUAAGAUCUACAUUCCCAACAUAAUAAAUAAUUAGAGGGGUCACAGUCUGGUUAGAGGUCCCCUGAAGCUUUUGUUAUCAGGCAUUACAGCUCUGGGAUGAUUUGUGAUAUUGGUGCCAUCACGGGUUUGGAACAGUGUGUUUCUAUGGGACAAGACUGAUGUAUGUGAUUGAAUCUGGGCUCCCUGCUUCCCCUAAUUGUAGCCUAGGGGUUGACACAAAGCACGCCUCUCUGGAAACAGGAUGCUGGUGUGUCUUUGACCUCCCUCUUGCCAAAUAAUUGAUGUAAUGGUACCCUCAACAUAUCAGCACACAUCCACACAGCCAUAGAUCUCCUGCCAAAAUGGAAAGUGAGACGUAGCAGCAGCAACACAAAGGCAGCGUCCAGGAGAUGAUUUUAUCUUCCCUUUUCUGUGGCUUCCUCUUGCAUAAAAAGCCAUCUGAGACCACUGUGCAUUCAAAUCACUGCAUUACUCUAUGCAAAUAUGAGACAAAUUUAGUUCAUUGUCCUUUACUGAAAAAGUUCAAGAAAACCAUGCAAUCAAAAUGCAUUUUCCUAGAGAGUAAAGUCCAGCUUUAAAUUUUAUGUCAAAUAAGCUCUACUAGUAUAAAAGUCAUAACAAAAUUAAAGCAUACACAUUAAAACACAUUGUUCUGUAUACUAUAAUAAAUUAAAGAAAUAUUCAUUUGACUGAUGUGUAAUUUAUAUUGGGUAAAUAUAAAUUCAAGGUAAUGAUAAAAAAAAUGAUAAAAUACUAAACACAACAAUAAUAAUAAUAAUAAUAAUAAUAAUAAUAAUCACGACUGAUUUUUUUCUUUUAAAAUUACACUAUUAUUUUCAUAUUAAUUAUUACUACUGUUUGCUGUUUUGUAGUUGUUCAAAAAUGUUAUUACAAGUAUUUUUUCAUAAUAUAAUAAUCUCAUUUAAUUUUAUAUUUAACCAUUCUUGUUUUCUAACAAACUUUUUUAUCAAUUACACUUUAAGAUUGAAAAUAAAUCUCAAAGUGUUAAAAAUGUCAAAUCAGUGUAGAGUCAGUUGAGGGCUAGCAGAUAUGAUCAAUGUUUAAAAGUCCUUUUAAAAACAUUUUCAAAGUCUCUGUGUCAGGCUGCAUUUGUGUAAAAUCUUAUUCUUCAACACUACAUCACUCUGGCAUUACGGAUACUUGUUGUACAUUGAUGUCCCAAAUGGUUAAACUGGGAAAUCUCAUACUUAAUCAAUCUAUGACUCAGCACUCAUGAUCAAUGCUGCCUGUGCCUCCCCAGUGCUGUGGUUUAUGAUCCAUACUCCUGAUAAGUAACAACUUUCUACAGAGACCAGACACAUCAGUCAUCUGCUAUAAAUGCUGAGACAUUUCUGACGGCAUAUUGCUUUUCCUCUGAGCUGAAAGGUUUUUCUGAUCAUUGCUCAGCCUCCACUGACGUGAUAUACAGAGAGCAGUCAGCUGCUGUUGUGCAUUAAUUUUCCUAAAAGGAUUUGGAUUUUCAUCUUGAGCCACACUACUGAAAGCCUGUCGCCAGUUUCCUUACAGCUGAAAAUCUCACCUUUGUUGUGCCGUACCACAGAGUGAACAACCAUUACCACAAAACAAUGGAUUAGCUUUCACACACUUCUGCUCUGUAUCACUAGCUCUGGAUUUAAGCCUCCAAAAAGAGCCUUGUCAUGUCCAUUAUUUUAUAAGGACUGCCUGCUCUGCUUGCUCAGUACUUUGCAGUGGCAGACAAUCCUGUACUGUCCUUUUAAUCCUGGUUGCUACAGUGUCAUGAGUUUGCCUUUUUGUUUAGUCUGCCUAAUGGUGCUCACCGUAACAAUAAAACCCAGAGGCUGGUGUAAUUUCAAAUCAACGGGUGAACAAGGGACCAACUUCACCCUUAUAAUUCAGUGGUUUUCACCAGGUCUCAUCUGGCAAGUGAUUUAACCUCUGUCUUUGUAGCUAUGGCGACUAAUGGAUAUGUUCUUCAAAAUUAGUGUGUGUGUGUGUGUGUGUGUGUGUGUGUGUGUGUGUGUGUGUGUGUGUGUGUGUGUGUGUGUGUGUGUGUGUGUGUGUGUGUAAAGAGAGAGAGGGGGGAGCACAGGGGGUGAGAGAAGAGCAGAGGGGGGAGUGGGGGGGGGGGGGUGUGUGUGUGGGGGGGGGGGGGCAUGGACAUGGGCAGCAGGGUUUACUCCACUUAAAGAGCCCUUUGAGAUGAUAGUGUCCGAUUAAAUCUUGUAUCAGCAGCUUUGGGCUAAAGCAGGAGUAAUGGCUUUGGUGCACCUCUUAAUUGAAUCUAGGCAGAAAAACAAGAGGAAGCACAGGGUACAGAGCACCUUAUCAGGCAGCGUCCUUCCUGAAUGUUGUCCCAAUCUACUGAUGGCUCCUACAGACACCUCAGUGAAAUACAUUUUAUUGCUUUUGAUCAAAUAAAAUAUGAUUCAGAAGCAUAAAUUCUGGUAUUUUGGGGUGUUAAAAGGACUAAAUAAGGCCUCUGAAGCGAGCCAGGCGGUGCUAGCAUUACACUGUGUAAUGGUCCCUACCCAUUUCCUGACAUGUAAAACAAACACCUUAUUUCCUCCAAUGUCUGAUUCAGAAAAGCACUUUAUCACAUGUGCUGUAUGUCACCAGCCUUGGCCAGCGCUGAAACAGAAAGUCUAUCAUACAUUAGAUGCAAAGUCUUGAGUCAGCACUCCUGCCGAGGAGAUCCAGAGGACAAGUGUUCAUUUCCUAAGUGAUUCAUAAAGAAUAGAUUGCAUUACCUUGCAAUUUGAGUGUGACAGAGUAAAAUGCCCUCUCUUUGGCAUCUUUAACUGCAACUCAGGAGUUAAUUUGGAGCCACCAAGUUGGAUGGUUAUGAAGAUUUAAAAAAAAUGCAUAAAUAAUUACAUUUCAACCUGCAUUUUAUAUUACUCUUAUUUGUUUCAUUCCAAUCAUGGCAAUGUGCAAAGCUUUCCUCAAAAUUAAAGGAAGAUCCUUCAUGAUCUUAACAUGGUUCAUGUUUGGGAGGGAGAAGGAAGAGGAAAACUCAAAACACAAGUGAACAAUAGAAAUAUGGGCUUCUGUGUUGAAAGUCUAACUACUUUUUCUUCACACACUUACUCAAACUUUAACAAAACCAUUCAACUCUUCAAAUAUUCAAAUCAUCAGAUAAAGAACAGUCUGCAGUUUGACUACAAUCACAGAGAUGCACAUCUACCUUAUGUUUAGGAUGCUUCAAAUAAAAUCUCUUCAUCUACUGAACUACAAACUUACAGUAAUACUCGGCUUUUGAUCUUCAACAUAUCUGUGAUUGAACUCAACCUUGAGGUUUCAAUAAUCCUGCUUUCAUAAACAGCCUGUUGGUGUGUGUUUUCUGAAAUCUACAUUAUGUUGUCCCAGACUUCCUCCCCAUACUUCCCAUACUGUAAGUCUGAUAUAAGUAUUAAUUUAACCUAACUUUGUUUAAACAAAGAUAUCCUCAGACACUUGUGUUUUCACCUGUGCUUUAACACAGAGAAACUUUUUUAUCCUUUUCUGAUUUCCAAAAACCUAAAACUUUGAAAAGGCAUUUUCUUCUCUUUCUGUUAGAGCUUUUACAUCCACUGUCUGAACAGGAAAAGUUUGUGUCAUCUGCAAACACACAAACUGCCUAGUUUUCAGACUUCAUGUGUCAUUUAUAUAAAAAAAAUUAAAAAGCUUGGGACUCCAAAACAGAGCCUACCAGCACGACUCAUUCAACAUUCUUACACUCAGAUGUCAUAGUAUAUCUGUAGUAUCAAAUACAAUGGUAUAUCUCUUACUUUCCGCUGCUGUUGUCAUGUCUUCUGUUUGUACAGCAUCUGUCUUGGUUUUUGAAUCAAACUAGCUGAAAAAUUGGCCACCAUUUUCCACUGAUGUCUCAGUUUUCCCUAAUGCUCUGCAGACAUGCUGAAAUAAGAGAUACUUUAACUUAUUGUGUUGUUUGCUGCAUUAUCAUCAGUCUCUCUUUGUAGGUUUGCCCUGACAGUGAUGGUUUUUGUGAACUAUGGCGGAGGAGGCUACUGGUUCUUUCAGCAUGCUCCCUGGAACGGUAAAGUGUCACACAGAUGUGAGAUGAGAAGGAGGGAACAGUUGUUGUGUUUUUUUAAGUUAAGCAUGUCUCCAUAACUUUUGUACAGUUCUUGUCACUUUUUAGGGUUGUUCUGCAUUCAUAUUCAUCAAAGUAAUUUUGCCAUGAGGGUUUAUUGAUUCUCAGCAAGAAAUCAUUCAUCUUCGUUUCGCUGCAGAGAAACUCCGGGGGUACAGAUAUUCACACAGCCACACAUCCUUAGAUGAGAACUUAAUGACAGAGGCAUUACUUUUAGGACCGAUCAUUGUCCCUGAUAGAACAUGUGGUCUUGAUGGAUGUCAAAUGUUAGAAAGGAUGAGAACUCAUGUCUGUCUGUUUGUUGAUGUUUAUUCAUAUUUGUGGAUUGGUUGCAGGUCUAACUGUGGCAGAUCUUGUGAUGCCAUGGUAGGUUUGUUGAUAUUUAGGGGUAGCCUGCUCAGUUAUCAAUAUUUUAGUGUGUAUUUUUCGCAGUAUAAUGCCAAGUUUUCUUCCAGGUUUGUGUUCAUUAUUGGAACGUCGGUCGUGUUUGCUUUAAGAUCCAUGCAGAGAAGAGGAGUGAGCCGACUGCAGCUUCUCCGCAAAAUCACCUGGAGAACAGCCGUCCUCAUGAUGCUGGGCUUCUGCUUCCUGAACUACUCACCAAGAGAUGGACCACGUAAGAGUGAACAUGUAGCUCAGGAGCUUUGUUCGUCAAACAAACAUGUAGUUUUCAUUUUAUUGUUGUGUCAAACAUACAGCAUACUUAUACACCCCUCUCAUGCUGGCUUAUAUGACACCAUGAGCUCAUAAAAAUCCAGGGUCAGCGCAUAAAACAGACCAUCUGCACAAAAGUACAUAAACAUGCACUAAAUAAAAGGCCAUCUUUUCUUCUGCACCAGUUGUUAAGACAAGAUCAGCAGCUUGACCACACCAGAUUUGAACAGCCACUCCAGUGUUCAUCUGGCCUCCACAAUAAUUCAGGCUUUUGGAGAGCAGAUUCAUAAAACGAUCACUUUCUCAAGUCAUCACAUUGACUAAAAGGAGGUCUCCUCUUCAUCCAAAUCACACAGUCUGUUUCUUAAGGCGUAGUUUUGAACCGACCACCCAACCUCAGGUCCAGAGGAAGAAAACCAGAUCUUAACUGUGUGACCAAGGAUCUCUGGCUUCCAGAUUAACGAGAUGUCACAUACUGAUUUUGGUCUGGAUCACUUUCAAACAAUUUUUCUUCAAAUUUCAGCCAGAGCUUUUCUUUCAUUGAGUAAACAUGACAGCACAGCUUAUUCCUCAUUUAUUCUGUCCUCUGUCCUGAAAACCAAACCAUGCCUUUUCAAAUUGCUGGGAUUGGAGCAAAACUAUGAACCUUUAGAAAGUACCAUGAAGCUGCACAGUGUCUGAAUUUUAAAGUCUUUUAAACCCCACACCCCUGCAGCAUAGCUUAAUAUUGGAGAUGCACAGAAUAUCCAAGGUCUUUACAGACUUUUAGAUUGUUCAUAACUGAAAACCAAAGCUCCACCGGCUCACAGGUCAUGUAUUUACCAAGAAAGACUGUUAAAUGUAUCACACAUGCUGAUAAUUAUCCCUAAUGGAGAGAGCAAGAGGGUGUUUUGAUACUGAAGCACUGAAAUAUGAAUCAGUUUCAAGGAUUCUUCUGUAUUAUGUCACAAAGACCUCAAAGAUGACUCAAUAUUCAGCUUACCCUUAAAGGAAAUUCAUCCAAGAAUAUUUACUGGGUUGUUUGAGUUAUUGAAAAAACUGCAUCCAGAUGUGUCAUGUUCAAUCUGGUGUGACCAAAGACUGUUUAUAGAAUGGACGCCACCUGUCGCUGGGUGAAGCCACCCCGAGAACAGCACCCCCUGGUGACGGGCAGCAGUAUAGGUCAUAAAUCCCACCUCCUCCAGCAAUCCCUAUGGAGCUGUGGACAAACGUUAGAAAUUAAUUACACAGAACAUACAUUUUUCCCCCCCUUGGUUGCGAUGUUGACAUGUAGUUAACGUAAGACUGGUUUGUGCUCAAGUCCUCUUUUUUCUGUACAGUUCCAUUUCCAAAAGUUAUUAGGUGGUUCAUGUUUUCUAUGACUCACACUUGAUACAGCCUAUGGGUGUACAAAGAUUGUGUAGCUCACCUGGGGGAUAUACUGUUUGAGCCAAGCAUCAUCACAGAGACCCUCGGUGACUCUCUCGCCGAAUGGGUACAACGUUACUGCACAAGUGGUGGUUCCAGGAGGUGGAGCAAAUCCUGAAAAUACUGAGAGCAAUUUGGCUUCAAAUUCAUAUACUGACGGAAGGCAGAGCCAAGUUGUCCAUAGUUUAUACAGUGUACGGGUGUGACUUAACGUUGCUGACACACUGGAAGUUACAAAAGACACCUCAAGACUCCCCCCACUUUGAAGGAGACUUUUCAGUGAAUCCAGCAUUCACCAAUAUUUAUGUAUAUUAUUGUGCACCUCAGUUUGCUUAAAGUGUCUGAUUUUGACAUAAUGAGGGAGAAAAAGUUGACAGCGAAGAAAGAACCACUGCCAACCACAUUCAUGCAGCUCAAUAUCUCAGGGUGCUGUAGCUGUCAGCACCUUUUUUAAUCAACUUUCCUCCCUCAUUUUGUCAAAAUCAGGCAUUAAGUGCAAUCUGCCACCCUCUUAAUCCCCUAACGUGCAAAUGUAAGCUUGCAUAAAGUUGCAAUACAAUGACAUUACAAUACAUUAUGUAAUUUAACCUCUCUACCGUAAAUGUCACCCUUUUGGUAGGAAUUCUUUUGAUUUUGAGUUUUCUAGGAAAAACUCAUAUUUGUCUCAAUAUUUUGUCAAUUCAAUAAGUAAUCAAACACUCGGGAGGGAGAUCAGCAGACUUACAAAAUAGUUGCUGAAGGCCUUAAUUUCAUAUAAAACUAAAAGUGGUGACAAAAUCAAACAAGAAACAAACACAGAUUUCAAGCUGCAGGUCUGUGAGGGUUAAAUAAGGAGAAGGCUGCAAAAAAAGAAAAAAAUCCUCCAUCACCAUCCACCUGGGGAUGCUAUAUGGGCGCCUGCCGCACAUUAGCCAUCCCCACUGCUAAUGGAUUUUCCCGGGUGGAUGUCUGCAUAACUGGGUUAACAAAAAUAUCAUUAUUGUUUCUGCAGUCUCAAAAUCCAGCACCAGGGGACGUUUAAGAGAGGGAGAUUGAGAAAAAACAAACGGGACAUAAUGGACGAUCACAAACAGAUAGUGUUACACUCUUUAGUCCCAUGCAGCUGCUGUUGAAGCUGCUGCUAGAGCUGAUCAUAACAUCACAGAGUCCUUCACUAAAAACUAUACCUCUGCCCUCUGUCUCCAAGGAUGUCCUUGGCGGGUCACUCUGAACAAUAAAUACACCCUGGAAAUGGAAUAAUAUCAACUCAAUUUUUUUAAUGGGUUCAAUGUCAGACAAAGAGGAAAAGAUCUUAACCUCCAACAUCAAGUCAGAUUAAUUCAAAAUAAAAGCUGCAGAACUUAGAAGUCAAAGUCAAUUUUCAGAAGCCCCUUCAGACUCAAAACUUGGUCUUUCAACUAGGGUUUGAUUCAUCAAAGACUGCAUGGUUCCUUGCAGUUCUUCUCUGAUCGUUCCCCUCUGGAGUGACUGACAAAAUCCCUGGAUCAUCUUGGGAUGGAUGCAGCCAGCUGAUUUAGCAGACGUGUCAUUAGUGACAGCUUCCUCUUAUCCUUUCUUUGAUUACUGACACUCAUUUGAUUUGUUUGGAUCAAUUAUUGGGGUUACACCAUUUUUUUUCCAUCUAAGAGGUUUUCAAUUAACUAAUGUGUGGAUCACUAUCAAUCUCUCAACCACAAAGCAGUCCACUCUGUGUUGAGGCCAAGAGAUAACUGGGAACCUUUGAUUAGCCUCCCACAUUCCUGUCAUGUCCACAUCCUGAAGGCUAAAACCAUUUCCCCAUGUGUCCUGCUGACUGUCCUCCUCCUUUAGCACUAAUGGGUGACAGAGGAGAUGUUAUCAUGAUUUAGAGGAUCAGGUUUGUAAUGUUCUUGAGACAGCAGGAAUAGGGGAGCAUCUUUUAAAAAUGUCUAUCAAUGCUUUUACUUUAAUAAUUUCACCAAUAAAACAACAAUAGACACAAUGAAAUAAAAAUAAGUAAUAAUGAUAGAGAUUUGAAGCCAGUGAUGGAUGAUGAUGAUCAUCAGUGAGAUUAAAGCCUCACAUAAAGGUUCAUAUUCUCUGUUGUUGACUGUGUUCCAGUUUCCCUGUCCUGGCUGAGAUUCCCUGGAGUACUGCAGCGUCUGGGCUUUACUUACUUUGUUCUGUCUCUCCUGCAGACUUUCUGGGGCCAGAAAGAAAUCCCUCUGAGAACAGUGAGUGGCUAUGUCAAGUUCACUUUAGCCAGCUGUUACACACACACAGAUCGACAAAUGAAAGACGUCCGGUCUGACGUAUAUUUUCAUGAAAAGCUAGUUCACCCUGUCAGUUCUAAGGUCCAUUUUAUCAUAUCAUGCUGUGUCAUCUAAUAUACUGCAAGAAAACGCAUAGAUUCAUUCUUAUUACAUUAUGUGGACUGUGUGAUGCAGAAUCACUGGUGGAGCCCUGUUCAGGAUGUCGUCCUCUAUUGGCAACAAUGGCUGAUCAUCAUCCUGCUGGAGACUCUGUGGCUGUGCAUCACUUUGCUAAUGCCUGUGCCUAACUGUCCAACGUAAGUCCAGCAAUGUUCCUAAUUGUCAUAGAAGAGAACCACAGUGUACCUACAGUCAGGGGUGUUGCCAUGUCUCCAUUGUGCAAAAUAAAAAUAAAAUAAAAAACAUAAAUAAAAUAAAACAAAAACAAACAAAACAAACAAACAAACAAAAACAAAUAAAGCUUUAAACAACUAUACAACAACUCUCCAACUACUCAGAGAAGUUGACUGUUUUUACCACAAGGUCAUAUCUAUGAAUAUUAGGUCAUAUGAGAUUUUAUAUAUUUUACAGAGACAUACAUCAACACGAUGAACUUCUUAGCAAAGCAUAGCCUAAAUAUGAUGAGAGCUAAUAGAAUUACAACUAACUGUAUUCAAAAUAAAUUUAAAGUGUUGGCUUGAACCACUCUUACACCAUGCUGACCUCACCUUCAUUUUUAUGAAACUUGCCCAAAGCUUUUUCUCCUUUCUUUGUUGUGUUUUUGAAAUCUUGAUUUUGCCUUCAUUGGUGGAGACAUGGUACUACCUGUCAGAUCUCACAUUAAAGGGAAGGGAAGGAGAGCUGAACCAUUUGCAUUGAGGAGAGGUAAAAAGAGCUCCUGACCGACAGUAUGUUUACAGUCAGGUACAAUAGUCCGACUGACACUGGACUUUUAAAAAAGAUGUGAACAUGUCGGUCCAACUGAAAUCUCAUUAAAUCGAAUUGAUUUUCUCUGUCAUGUAUUCAGCUCAUCAAACUGAAACUGACCUAAACGUUCUGCACGUGCUCCAAUUCACAAGCCAGACUCUGUGCCGGAAGUUGAACAGCAUGGAUAUGUAAAAGUGGAUGUUAAACAAAAUCUCAUCAGACAAAGAAAGGACUCAAAAUAAAUAGAUAAUAAUACAUGUAUACAAACAAACAAACAAACAAUGUUUUUUAUCAUUUAAGAUAGAUCCUGCACAUACAGCCUCUAACAAGCGUGUUUUCAGACAUAAUAAGUCAAACAGGAGAUGACCCCAUAGUAACAAGCUAAAAGGGUGCAUCUCACCACCUACUGUAGCAGAGGUGGGCAUGCUAUUGUCAAUGAUUCAAUUCUUGCCCAGUAUAUGUAAACUGGGACAAGGACAGCAGUCCAGUUAAAUCACCUUACUGAGCUUAAUGACCCUAGCUUCACUUAACUGUGCAUGUAUAUGUAUUUAGCGUGACUUUGCCCCCAUCUCUGAUGCCCCUGCAAACAGCACACAGUCCCUCCAUGCUGAGCUGAUCUCAGUCGGCACUGAUGGGCUGCAGCAGAGGUGUAUGUGUGCACCUUAUGUUGUGGAUGUUAUGAACCGUCAUGAUUUAUGAGCAUGUGGUGGAUGCUUCAGAGGGGAGUAAUUACCCAAUCUCAGUCUGUCAUGUGCAAUAAGAGGAGGAGGGAGACAGAAGAUCCAUCUUCCUCGCUCUGUGUCUUCAGCUCAGUGCUGCUUUUUUGUUUGGAAUUCUCCCGUCUUUGAACCAAACUAGUUUUGCUGUACACUUUGAUUUCAGACAGGAGAACUAGUUUCAGUUUAAGUUAAAGUGCCUUCUCUUCACAGAGCUGGUGUUAUUGAAACAUCUAAGGAUCUUUUAUGAAGUUCUGUAAUGAUGUGAGGAUGUGUUGUCAACCCAGAUCUCUAACAAAGCUGAAAAAACAAGCCCUACUCUUUGCCAGCAGAUGGAGCUUUUGUGGUUGAUCCAUUCUUGUUUUCCUCCUCAUUUCAAAACUCUGUAUGCAUGUAAACACCUGUAACUUAGAGGUCCAAAUCUUUUGAAUGAAAUCAUCCUAUUUUGUUUGUUUUCAGAGGUUAUCUGGGAGCUGGAGGAGUGGGUGAUAAUGGUCUUUACCCAAACUGUACAGGGGGGGCUGCAGGUUACAUUGAUCGAUGGAUGUUUGGGGAUAACAUGUACAGAUACCCCACAUGCAAAGUAAGACCUUUUUUUUCCUCACCAUAUAUAGUCAUCCAUCACAAAAGCCUCACUGGGAAAUAUACGUGAUAAAUGACCUUCCUGGUACUUUCAAGGCAAACUUGAGUGCUUUGAAAGGCUCCUAUAAAUAAGAUGCAUUAUUGUUAUUUUUAUUAUUAUCUCCCCCUGUCCAGGAAAUGUAUCAAACCACACAGCCCUUUGACCCAGAGGGGGUUUUGGGCACUAUCAACUCAAUUGUCAUGGGAUUCCUCGGGAUGCAAGUAAGAAGCCCUUCUUUUUCUUUUGUGAUGGAACAAGAAUACAUUUUUUGAAAUGUGGAAAAAGAAAGAGAGAGACAAUUUAGCUCAGUUAAAAGUUGAUAUAACAUCCAUGAAUGAUCAUGUUUAACAGCUCCAUAUGUCAACAAGAUAAACUCCACAGUGAAGUUUGUUCUUGAAUUAAGACGGUGUAAAAGACAGUUUACCCCUAUUUCCACAUGUACAGCUGUCCUCUUUUCAUGAAAAAAAAACUGUAAGAGUGUCUCUUGUAACCAUUUGUGUUGUGGGAAGUCGCCCUGCAAAAACAGCCACAUUGCUCAAUUCCCAGUGGGUGCUUCGCACCGACCCCGUCAAUCAGCAAGACUUAGACGAGACGCCAGGUGUCUGCUGCCCUCUCCUAUAUGCUCAGCCGUGCCAAAGCCCUCAGCUGAAACAUAUUCAUCAUCACCAAAUUAAUCAGAUGGUGCCGAUGACUUACACUUCACAUCCACCACAAUAGGGCAGGGGAAAUGGGACCGCCAAGUCAUAGACAUUGACACCCUCAUCCCAGGCGUAUUUUGUUACCCAAGGGCAAAUACAUGGUGUUUACACGGUACUUCUCAUUAAAUGUGUGAUGAUGAGCUGUGGUGACAGUGUGUGUACUGACCUUGUUCUCUACAGGCUGGGAAAAUUAUCAUUUUCUACAAAGGAAGGAGUCUCCACAUCCUCUGUCGGUUCCUGGUGUGGGCCGUAAUCCUGGUGAGUUAUAUCAUUAGCAGGUUUUGGAUCCACUCCAUUUUGCUCACAGAGCUUACUUUCAAAAGACUUUAAAAUACAACAAAAGAAAUAUAGGUUAGAUUGAUAUAGUUGAUAACUUUGAAACAUGACAACAGUCAGUAUUUAGGAGACAAAGUACCCCUCUGGCUCACAGACAACUGAGGGCUUGUCUGCUCUGGCCGUUGCUUCACAGGUUAAUCUGCAAAGUGUUUUCCUGCCACUUUGAUAUAAGAGAUAACUGCUGAAGCCAUUCAUUAGCAGGACACUGCAGAGGACACGUGUGAUCUCAGUACAAUAAAACAACAUGCAUGUGUAGAUGGUUUCCGGGCAGUAAUGGGUAUCCAACUCCUCAGGGGAAUACACUCUAUCCCUCCUGUUUUUAUUCUUUUAUUUUUCUAUUUGAAGGGUUUUGUGCACUCUUUAGGAACAUCUAAUAAAGAUACUGAUCAAUUAAUAAACUAGUGAAUCCAAAAACUAUUAGAAUAGUAUUUUUUAAAAAGGGUAUAUAUGCAGCAAAAUGAUUUUUAAAAAUGGUUGAAACAUUUUAGUUUAGGAGUCUAACUGUUAUCAACAUAUUUAACUGUGACAUUGUAAUCACUUUCUUAAAGCUACUCUGAGGAACUCAAGCUUUGUGUCAUUUUUGGCGUCCCCUGCUGCCCCCUAACAAAAGAACUUUUGAGUCAGAUGUUAUGUGUUUUGGGAGUAUUUAAUGGGAAGAAAAGCCUAAACAGAGGUUUAUUUCUUCAGCUGCUCAGCAGACACCCAGCUCCUGAUGCCAGUUUCAGUUGUUAAAAAAAAUUACAGUAGAACACUGUAUAAAUUGCCUGUGUUGUCACUGACAGUCUUGCUGUCUUUUGUAGGUCAGGAAUCAAUAUUGAUUUCAGUCUGUUUUAGAGGCAGAAAAAAACUCCUCAGAGGAGCUUUAAACAUCUGCUGCAAAAUAUUAUACUUUUUGAGAUGCAUGCACAUGACAUCAGGGAUAAACUGAUAUAACUAAUAUAUCAUCAACAAAAAUCCAGUUUUUUAGACAAGCAUUAAGGAAUAUUUUCGCUCAAAUGUGUUGUUUAAAACCCUGCUCAAAGAAAACAGGAGGUCCUGGUUGUCUCAGAUCUGUUGUCUUUCUGGGUGGUCUGUGAACAAGACAAGAGGCAAGCUGGCCUCUUUUUCAUUUACAGGGGGGGGCGUCCCACUGGGAGAAGCUUGGUGUUAUAUGAGAUGGCCCGUUUUGCAUUUCUAAACCUGUGACGGGAGGCUGUUAAUUUUCUCUAAUGAGAUUGAGAGAUACCCACGACCAGAGACCUUGCUUUGCUGAACUCUGUUUGGCCACAGUAUUCACAGAGUAUAUGUUCAGGAAGAUGCUCCAGAGAGGAAGCUGCUCACAAAAGGAGGUCAGAAUGAGCCUUCAUGCCAUGGAGGCAGACAUCCUGAACCAGCAGCCCUGUGACCUAGAGCGAUGAUGGAGCUGGAGGAGCUGGAGCAACACUUAGAUUCUAAAACCCAGCUCUGCUGUAUGAAAAGAGACAGAGAAAGUCCAGCCAAUGGACCACAUGCAGGAGUAGAAAGAAGAAGAAGAAGAAGAAGGAAAAGAAGAAGAAGAAGCUGUAUGUUACCUUUAGCCUUUUCUGCAGCUUUUUACGCCAGCUUCAUUCAAACUGGCAUCUGUGAAGGUUUUACCUACAACAAAUUAUGGUACAUAAGAGAUGGUAACAUUAGACACAUUUAACUAAGGGUUAUACAGUUUUUAAAAAGUGGAUCAACUUGUAGAAUGACAGUGAAAUAGAUUUCCUCACAUUACAAUGGUUUUAAUAACUUCUACAAGACACUAUCCAUGUCUGAAACAGGACUACAAUGUUAAAGCUAAAUUGCUCUGUUUCCUUUUUGAAAAUUUCAGCAUCUCCUCCACCAGCUAAGAAAGCACAAUGCGUUUUACAGACCGGCCUUUUCAUAUUGACUUUAUCCUACAUUUUUUCCUCUGAGCGGAGGCAGGAAGCAGAGCUAAACGGCCUCUUAUUACAGACAUGUGCUCUUAUCAUUAGCAGGUUUCCUCAGUGGAGCUUAUUUCUGCCUUCAUCCGACCACAGAGCUGACAUUAUACUAAAGAGGCUCAUAGAAACAGUGAGGGACAAGCUGAGGCUUUACACUGGAGUUAACUGAAGUGUGAUUUCAGUGAUGGAUUGAUAUUCAGGAGCAGCUAUGCAUCUUCCUCUUAGUAAACAACAGCCCCUGUUAAUUAAAGUCCAACGAUCAGGCUCCAGAGUGAGAGAUUGAAAUUGAGCGAAUGUCCCACAUACCAGCCCUAUUCCACAUCCUGCCGCCUGGAUAGCCUGGAGACUCAAUCCAGCUUAGGCUAGGCUAUUUCGACACAAUUGAUUCUGUCAUCUAUACACAUGAUGGAUAUCCACUUUUACAAGUGUGAUUGGAUUCAGAUCCACACAUCUGGGUUUCUGUUUAAAACAGAGAUGUUUUAUUAAAUAUAUAAGAGUAAAUAGAAAAAAAAUAAAGACGUGUUGCUGUAGAGUUCAUGAGAUGAAACACUGUCCUUUUGUAUCAUGGACUCAACAUGAGUCAAAUGACCAUGACUCCUUUUCACUAUGAAUGGUCAAACAGCAUAUUUGCAGCCCGUGUGAGACUUCUUGGACCUUGUUCCAUGACUCUCACCUAAUCAUUCAACCUGCUGGACAAGCUUGAUUCAGUUGCUUUACAUUUUAGCAGCCUAAUGUAGCUUGCUUUAUCACCCCACAUCGAUUUGAAAUCUGUUUCAUUUCCACCCUAAGGGAAUUUCUGCAGCCAUCCUUACUAAGUGCACACAAGAUGGAGGAUUUAUACCUGUCAAUAAAAACCUUUGGUAAGUGCUUCCUGACCCUCUUAAUCCAGCCACUUUUCUCACAAAGAAAGAAUGGAUUUUCCGACAGGCACAAAUCAAGGUUGCUAAAACACAUACUAACUUCCUCCUUACUACAGCUCCAACUGUAAAUAAUCACCCUGUCCGUCAGGAGUGUGAGGUGGAGCAGUGAUACAUCCUACAUGAUGACUCUUCCUCACAGCCAGCAAGAUAACGGAUGCUUUAUCCUCUCUACCGAAGAGGCCUUCACCUCACACUUUAACAGCUCUGUGAGAUGGAGUGGGACCAGACUGGAGCAUGUGCACAAUGACAGCAAAGUCAAACUGCUCACAAACUAUCAUCUAGCUUUUCCUUCCAGAUGAAAAAUGGAAUAAACAUGGGAUUUGAUCCAUGCACGUAGUAGCUCUGCACAUUUACUACCUCAGACAGUGUUACAAGCCCUGCAUCUAUCGCACUCCUGCAUUAGCCUUAAUAUGAUGUCAGUCAUUUUAAUGCUGUUGCAGGAAGACUACCAUUUUGUCCGUGAUGUGUAAGCAAAUUUCUCAAGAUGAUCCACAGGGGCUCAUCCCUCGCCAUUACCUGCCCGGCUUUUAUGGGCAGUUUGUCAUGCAAAGGUUAUUGAGCUCUUGCCCACAUCCCUGCCUGAUUGUCUAAAAGUAAUUACCUUUCUGCCAAGAGUCCAUUUUGGCCCCACUUCAGAUGAGAUAAAAUUUUAAAAAGCCUAGUGCAGGAAGGCUCCUGGAGGCAGCCAUUUUACAUUAGAUGAUAUUACAUCAAACAUUCUUGCACUUAGGAGCAGACAAGGACAUGGCUGGCUGGCACGGCUCCAUGGGGCACGUGCCAAGGAUCCACUGCUGAUGCUUUAAGACCAGCUCAGCCGACUGGCUCACAGUUUGCUAGUUGGACACACGACUGCUGUUGGUUGUGUAUCUUCAGUGUUGCUUUUAUAAUCUUGUAUUUCACAUGUCUCACAUUUCUGUUUCUCCCAUAAGAACCAAGCAUAAAUGUUGCUGUUGCGGUAAAAUGUUGCUCAUGGUCUCUGCAGGUCAUUGUCCUAUGUGACGUGUAUGGGCUGCUUCUCCUUCCUUUUGCUGGGGGGCAUGUACUUCAUCACUGACACAAAGAGCUGGUGGGGUGGAAAGCCAUUUAUAUUCCCAGGUAAAUUUCACAAAUCAAAGGGCCCAGUGCUAUUCCUGGUUUGUAUGCUUCCUGUUAAAGAAUGAAAACUCUGACUGGUAUAUCAUUUCAGACCUUGAGCACAAAACACUUCAGGCCGAAUCUACUAAGAUCCCAAAUAACAAGCACUAAAUUGUGUGUACAAACUAAAAAAAUGCAUGUGCUAUUAUUGGGUGUGUUGUGGGUGAUCUACUGUGAUUGCGUGUGCAAUUGAUAACAGGUAAAAAAAAAAGUGGUGUGGGCCGCCCUAUUAAAUGAGGAUUUUGUGUGUGCUAACAAUAGUCACAAUGGAGAGCUUGGGAGAGCAGAGUGGCCCUAAACGAAAAACGAUGUUUGAAGCAUGCUAUAGAUGCAAAACACAGACCAGAAUCAGUUUCCAGGUUUGAUAAAUCACAUUGCGGGUGAUACAUGAUUCCAUCUCCAUCUCCUCCUUCCAGUAUUUUACAAGUAUUCUACAAGCACAACCACUGCUAAUGGAAAGAUGAGUAAAGCUGCACAACACACUCAGCAAAUGCUCGCCGAGUCAUUCAGCAAACACAUACCAUAUGACCAUUUUUUUUGUAGGAUAUACAAAACAUUUUUUGUGGUCAGAUUAUUUUUAUCGGAAAAUUUAAAAAAAUAGUAAUCGAGAUAUAUUUAUUUGUCCAUAUCGCCCACCAUUUCAUCGUUCAACCUGCAACACCAUUUUUGAUUUGAGUCAAGCAAACUUUAAACUUACAUAAAGUCAGGCUUCAUUAACAAUUCUAAACUCACUAGAUAACCACUUUCAGUCAGGUCUGUUAAUACGUAAACUGCGAUACCUUUAAAAUCCAAGCAUUCUGCUUUUUAACUCGCAUAGUUAAGCCUUUUGUCCCUUUUGGCACACCAUAGUUAAACUGCCAUUGCUGCUGCAACCAUGAUGACAAUAACAGCACCAAGCUUUUGAGUGGUACAUUUUACUCAAAAAACUUACAGAUGGCUGAGUUAACCAGUAAAAAGUCAUUGCCCUUUUUGUCAAACAGGUUGAAAAUAUCACCAAAGAGCUUUUGGGAAGACUUUGGGCCAACACCUGCAAGCAAAGUAUAUGGUGCAUGUGCUUUUCACUCACACACAUUCAGUUUAAGAUCCAUACCAAAAUGGUCUGCUACAAAUAUGUGUACCUCUACACCCCUACACUUUAUUGCAGGACCUACAAAAUGGAACUCCUAAAGAGUGCAGAUGCUAUUGCAUUUGUUGAAAAAUGAUUACAGAUGGACUGCACUGACACUGACUGGACAUUCUCCAAUUUCUUAAUGUAUUACAUUGUCAUCCCUUAAAAACACUGUUUCCAAUAGAGCAAGCACUUUAAAGCUGACCAUGCAGGUGCAGCAUUUAAUAAAACAGCAAACCUAAAACUCAAGAUCAUAAAUUACAUCUCACUGCUUUUAUUUGAUGCCUAAAUCAGGACACUGGUGAGAGGUGCUUAUUAUUGAAAUUCUGCAUUGGAACAAGAAUUAAAAAACAAUUUUUCAACAGCCUUAGUUUGCGUAGCAGUGAGAUUCGUCAUAAUCUACUUGCCAGCCCAUAAUAAACACUGAGUAGCAGCUUGUGUUGUGGAGCAGAGCUGCAUCAGUGAGGCUGAUAUCUUGAUGUUACGUCCUGUUAAACAGCUUCAUGUGUUUUAUGUGCUUCUCUUUAUUCCAGGGAUGAAUUCUAUCUUCGUAUAUGUUGGCCACUCUCUCCUGGGCUUUUACUUCCCGUUCAGCUGGGAGAUGCACAAUCAGGAGAGUCACUGGGAGUGGCUCUUUCAAAGCCUAUGGGGAACUGCACUCUGGGUAAUCAUUGCUUACUUUCUGUACAGGAAGAAGUUCUUUCUCAAAAUAUAAAUUGA